AUGUGUGGUGAUUGUUCUUCGGACCAUGUACUUCAUAAGUUAAAUCGUGACCACAAACUGUUUUCUGUCGACCAGUUUGACAGCGACGAAUACGCAAAAGAGCUUCGAGCCCAACAAAACAUCCUUUGUGACCACAACAACAAGGACCCCGUAGAAAUAUUCUGCCCAGUGUGUAAAAAGUUCAUCUGCGUUGGUUGUAUGGUUUUAGAACACAAAGAUCAUGAUUGCCUAAGAAUCAAAACUGCUGUCGCCAAACGCAAGGAAAAACUAGAACUCCUCGUUAGCCCCAUCGAGAAGAAACGUGCACUCUAUGAUCAGAUCAAAACCGCUGCCGAAGACCAAAAAACAUCAGUAGAACAGGAAAGAAAAAAGGCAAAGAGCCAAGUUAACAAGCAAUUGGAGCUAGUAAUUAAGAUGGUCCGUCAACGUGCCGAGGAUCUUCUGGAAGAAAUAGAUGCCAAGUCGGACGCGAAACUAAAAGUUUUUAAUGCUUUAAUUGCAACUGCUACCGCCGACCAAAAGCAAGUGAACGACGUUCUAGACUUCUCGAGAAAGCUUAUUAACCAUGGGAACGAUAUGGAUAUCCUGCAAAUGGCCUCCGCCUGUGAGCAAAGCAGCAACAGCCUCCAAACUCUCGACAUCCCGAAACUGCCCGCAGCUUUGACCCAGCUACAACUUAACACCAACGACAUGGAGGAGUGCGUUACCAGUGUCCACAGUUGCCUUGGAGACGUGGUUCCCGCUGCGAGUGGAAGACUAGUGAGAUCAUUCAAAAUAGAACUGGACAAAUUUCAUGAGGAGGUGAUCAGUCACGUGACCAUCGAUGCAAAUGGUGACACCCUUAUUGGUAUUUGGUGUGAUAAGGACAAUUUACGGAAUAGAAUCCAUAUCUACGAUAACACCUUUGUCCUACAGGGCACAAUUCCAAAUCCACGGGCAGCAGAAAAUGACGCGUUUGGUGGGAUUGCCAUUGAUAAUGCUGGUAACAUUGUCACUAGAUGUCAGGGGUCAAAUGAAAUCAUUGUCUAUACCAAGACAGGGGACCAGGUGAGAACAUUCUACAGUAAAUCACCAGAGGCAGUAGCGGUCAACAGCAAGGGUCACUAUGUAGUGGCAGGCUGUUUUAAUCUGACUGUGCACCACAAGGAUGGCAAGGUCCUGCAGACGACACCAGACCCACGUGGUAAAUAUUUCAAAUACGUUCACUGUAACGUGAAUGACGACGUCAUAGUCUCAAAUCCCGGAGAUGGUCACAUUCGUGUGUACAAUUCCACUCUCAAGCUUAAAUACAAAUAUGGUACCCAGGGUGAUGGGGACGGACAGGUUAACGGUCCACGCGGCACAUGCCGCUUGGAUAAUGGAGACAUAAUUCUAGCAGACCUCAACAACCAUCGUUUACACCUGGUGUCACCGGAUGGGAAAUUCAAGUGUUUUCUCUUAAACAAAGAUAAUGGACUGCUCAAGCCGAAAGACGUCGCUAUUAACCAUCUUGGAAAACUGGUCGUCGGGGAAAGUGGAGGCCAUAUUAAAUUAUAUGAAUUAUGA